CGCGUGGGCCGGCACAGAACGCCUUUCACGCCUCAGGGCAAUGCUCAGAUAGUAUUCUUCAACGCUAUACGUCUUGCAUAACCAACUCAGCCUGUGCUGAGGGUGCUUUGCACACCAAGUGGCACUACCCUGUCCCAUUGUGGCCAGCGAGCGCACAGUGGUUGUUUAUCAGACCAAGUUUCUUGAUCGACCAACAUCAUGGGCAAAGGCAAGAAGAAGUCGCGGCGCGAUGACGAUGAUGACUGGGAGGCUGAAAUGGAGGCCCUGAACAAUGAGGUGGCUGGUACUAUCGAACCUGAAGCUGAGACUGCUCCCGCGGCAGCUAAAGCCGGAUUUGCUGCACUCGCCGUGAGUGACGACGAGGAGGAUGCUGCGGCGGCGGCUGUCAGCGAAGACGAAGCCCCCAAGGGCAAGAAGGGAGGAAAGGCUGCUGAUGUCGAUGAGGACGACAAUGACGGCGACGAGGCGGCGGCCGUCUCCACGAUGAAAACGGCUGCUCAGAAGAAAGCUGAGAAGAAGGAGCGCGAGCGUCGUGAGAAGGAGAAGAAGAAGGAGAAGGAGCGAAAGAAAAAGGAGAAGAAGAAGCAAGAUCAGGCGGCUCAAGAAGCUAAGAAGCAGCAAGAAGCAGCUGAGCUGGACAAUCUGCUGGAGGAGCAGGGCCUUGCACCCACCAAGGCAGAUGCCCCGGAGACAUCUGCUGCCGCGGCAACAGAUGACAAUAAGGCCGAUAAGGCCGAUGCUGACGAGGGCAAGGAUGACAAUGGAAACGACGAUGACGACGACGCCAACGAGGAUGGCGAUGAUGGCGAUGAUGGCGGAAGCUCCAAGAAGAAGAACAAAAAGAAGAAGAAGAAGAAAGCCGCUGCCGAGAAGGAGGAAGAGCCCGCCAAGAGCAAGAAGCCUGUGAGCAAGAUGGCUGCCAAGCUCAAGGCGCAGCAAGAGGCUCGCCGUCUCGAGGAGGAACGCAUUGCCCGUGAGAUUGAAGAGAAGAAGCGUGAGCUUGAGGAGGAACUUCGCCGUCAGGAGGAAGCCGAGCGUGAAGAAGAAGAACGUCGCCAGCGCAAGAAGCAAAAAGAGGCCGAGCGCAAGGCCCGUCUGCGUGCCGAAGGCAAGCUUCUCAGCAAGGCCGAAAAGGAGCGCCAGCGUAUGGCCCGUGAGAAGCUGGAGCAAAUGAAGGCUCUGGGCAUGGAAGUCGAAGCCCUACAGGACCCGGAAGCACAGCGCAAGCGACCCGUUUACACGAAGAAGAAAAAACAACACAAGUCCACCAGCAGCGAUGCACCCAGCACGCCGGCGGCAGACAAGACAACCGCCGACGAUACGCCCGCCUCACCAGCACCGUCUUCUCCCAAGGCCGAGGAGAAUGAACCGGAAGUCGACAGUUGGGAGGAAGCGGCGGCUGACUUGGUCCCGGACGAACCAGAGGCUGUUGCAGAUGAUUGGGAUGCGAGCGAAAGCGAAGACGAGCAAGGCGAUAAUGCCGACAAGAAGGCUGCCCAGCCAACCAAGGCCAAGGCCGCU